ACAGCUGUCUGAAAUAAUCACUGAGCUUCCAGCUGCUGCUGUAGCCGAUUAUUCGUCAAACACAGAAGACAGUCGAAUAAUCGGCUCUCAGCGGUGGCGCGAGAUCUCUAUGUUUCAUAUUAGCGUCACGUUUAAACUCUGACUUCACUGUCGCAGUUAUUUUUGUUUGUUAGUUUCUUUUUGUUUACCAGCUGUCAUGGCUCUUCUAAUGGAGCACCAGUUCAGGCAGCUCCCAGCCGACAAACAGGUAGAGACCAGACCCUUCCUGGAGGCGGUUUCUUACCUUCCGCCCUUCUUUGAUCUGUAAUCACUGCUAAAUCUUCAUCACAUUCAUCAGCUUCAUAAAGAUGAGAAACAUCUGAACGAAAAGGAAAACAUUGGCCAGGCCACAGACUCAGGAAUGUUCAUUCUCUUUAUUAUUGUUAGGAAUUAUAGUGUUGUUAUGGUGCCAUUAUGAAAGUAAAUGUUUCAGUUUUAAUCCAAAAGACCUGCGUCAUCUGACGUAAAAACAAAUAAGGAUAAACCUGGGUCAUCUCUAUACUCAAUAUUUUGGGAUUACAUUUUGUUUUCACUCUUUCAGAAUGCAGAAUAAUCAACAUGAGUGAAAUGUUUGAUUCCUUGUUCAUCAGAAUCUUCUGUAAUCGCUAUUGUCUCGGCUCCACUGUUUUUGCCCCUAUUAAGGCCGACAUCGCUGGAAACAUAACUAAAAUCAAGGCUGUGUAUGACACCAACCCGAGUCGAUACAGGACGCUGCAGCAGAUCCUGGAGGCUGAGAAGGAGAUGUACACGGCCGAGUGGCCCAGAGUAGGAGCAACACUCUCUCUCAUGUGGCUCAAAAGGGGGCUGCGCUUCAUUCAGGUCCUCCUGCAGAGUUUAGCGGACGGUGAGAAGGAUGAGAACAACCCCAACCUGAUCCGAGUGAACGUCACUAAAGCCUAUGAGAUCUCGCUGAGAAAAUACCACAGCUGGUUUGUGCAAAAACUCUUCAAAGCUGCGCUAUAUGCUGCGCCGUACAAGUCAGAUUUCCUGAAGGCGCUGUCUAAAGGGCGUGAUGUUAAAGAGGAGGACUGCCUGGAAAGAGUGCGCCAGUUUCUCGUCAACUUCACUGCCACCAUCGACGCCAUCUACGAGAUGUACACCAAGAUGAACGCUGAGCUUGAGUACAAAGCUUGAGCUGCUGUUCUGUAUUCUCAUUGGCUCAUGUCAGACUGAUCUGCAUUCUGAUUGGAGCACAUUUGUCUCAGGGUUUCUCUGAGCCUCUUGUUUGUUGUUUAUUUUCUGUUCUGUAUUGGCCAUGUGGCCCGUCCAGCUGGAGGGUGCUGACUCUUAUUCAGGACACUGCUAUGUGAAUAUCAGUGUCAGUUUGAUGUGUAAUGAGUCAGGGCAAAUGGACAUGUGUUACAAUCUCUUUGAAGUCCUCUUAUAAAUGAUUUCUAUCAUAUUAUCAGAAAUAAACCUAUAUAUUUGGUUACUCUACUUUAAAAAUGACAGGAUGGUGGAGGACCAACACACUGCAGACACAAUGCUGCCUGCCUAUACUGUAUAUGGUUGCAUCUGCCUUAAUAAACUUAAGCUGGAUCUAUGUAGAAAAAUAUAAAAACAAUGUAAAUGACAACCUUUGUGACACUAGUCAGGAUUAAGCAGUUUACUGAAAUGAUCAAUCUUCAUAUCCAACUCCCUGCAUUGAAGAGCUCCCUGCAAACUAACAGGUUCAUUAGCCACAGGGGCAGUUGGUGCUGUAAAAUGCCACAUCAGAGCCACUGACUCAGAUAAUUCUUUGAGUCAGUUCUAUAAAUAAAUUAUUUGAGCUUAUCCUGUAAUAGAUUAAAUAAUGCUUGGUAGGAAGUAGUAGAUUGUUGGUGCCUCUGGUGAGUGGUACUAAGGAAAUGUGCUAUGUUGUUAAAGCUGAUUUUUAGUGCUUAAAUGGACCAAUAAAAUACUGAAUUUUGGUGAAAUUUC